AUGGAAUUGGGAUUCAGAACCACCCAGAAAGAUACUGCAACAAGUGGUACUUCGGCCGUGGUAAGCAAAGUGCGUCGUCUGUUAACAGGUGAGAAUGAACGAAUACAAAGGUCAAUAGCAAAAGCCAUCCACCUGUUCCAGGCAACAGUACCAAAUAUAGUGAAGAAAAAUCUCAGUCUGGAUACAAGACCAAAUACAAGGCUUCCAAUCAAACAUUCCAGUCAAUCUUUGCAUACUUCAAGCAGUUGUAUAAAUGAAAUGGAUAUUCAUUCUAUUCCAUACGAAGAAAUACUGAUCAAAUCAAGGGAUGCAGCACUGUCUGCAGUUUGUUACUUUCCUGCGGAGCUCCAAGGGCCAUACGUUGUUCAGUCACGUGCGUCUCCAGACUUUGGUGGACGGUAUGUGACGUACUCUGACGUCAUGGUAGAGGUGGAUUCAGUAACUCCUUGGGGGCGCUGUCAUCGACGGGAUGGGAACAAUGUCAUCCUUUCUGAGAAUACUAGGUGGAAGGAGUGUAUGCGAUGUUUCCACCUGACGUGGAAAACACCCAACUUUAUUCAGAUUCACGUAAAAGAAUUGGACACGUGCCACACCAGCGAGGAAGAAGCUCUUGGGUCUUGCCCUAAUGAAGAUUUCAUAUUUAAGGGAGGGUUUACGGAAAUCAUGUUGUACAGAAAACAAGACCACCGAAGUGCGUUUACUAUACAAAAUGUCUUCUGCCCAAUCAACGGAAGGUUUCGUUUUACAUUUCGUGGCAACAACGGAAACUACCGUUGUGACCAGCCAUACCCUGAGCUUAGCAACUGUCCACAUGGGAACGCUUUGGAGUUCCGCUUUCACCAAUGUAACUUUCCAGAUACCUCCAUAAGUUACCUGUGUUUGGGAGAUUGGCAAGGACCGAACGACGACCGCUUCGUAGCACUGAUGGAUUUGAGUGGAGACUCGGACCGGAAACCCAAGUUUCGGUGUGGGCUCUACAAACAAGAUACGAUAUCGGGCCGAGUGUAUUUGUCCCUUUCGGAGGACUCAACUUGUAUCUCAGGUCUUCGGAGUUCUUCUGAUGGCUAUGAAACGUUUGUUUUAACUCCUCUUCCAUCUCGAAGUCUCCCAGCUCCAGUUCUCUCUGCCAGGUGCAAAUUUCCCUCUUGGCUCCAAGGCCGGUGGGAAAACCUGGAAGUCAAUGGAAAUAAAUUUAUCUAUGAAGAUCACAGAAGAUUUCAGACGCUCAUUGGAUGGUGCGUUACCAAGGAAACCAGUACUCCAUUCGAAUGUUACCACAUCUAUACCAUCAACCAGUGUGGACAAGAAGCGUACAACUGUGUUUGGCUCCAGCAACGUUCCAGAAACGUCCUGGAGCUACAGCUGGGAGAUAAUCCAAGUAGUGGAUACACGCAGUCGCUCUGUCGUCAUCACCAGUUCCGGUCAAACACGUGGGUCACUCUAGGAAGGUUAGACGUUACUCAACCUGAAUCCUGUCCAAUCACAGGAAACUACAGCGGGGUGACAUCUGGUGGAGGAACAUUAUGUGCUAAAAUGGCUACCGACUGUAACAAUCCCGAUAUUUUACAUUACUCAAUUAGGGAUUGUGGGAACAAGCUGUAUUCGAACGAAGCUACUAAGAGAAGAGGUGACGGAUACCAACACUACAAUGGCAGACGCCAAGAUCACAAACCUAAACAACGGGAAUAUCGUUGUCUUGGCAACUGGGAAGAAAACGGAGUUUUGUACACUUACACUCAGCGACGGGAUUCUCCAGGUUUCCAGUGUUUUUCUGGUAAAGUGUUAAGGAACGGUGAGGAAGCGUACAUAAAAGAAGUAGGACAAAACUGUCUUCGAGGAGAAGAUCCUUUCCUCUACGGCAUAAAAGUCACCAGGGAUGCCACGUGUCCACUGAACCCUCUAACAUCAUAUCUGCCAACUAGAACCCCCUGGAGACCUUCACCUAAAGUUCAGUCACCCAAACAACCUUUAACUGUUACUCCUUCCUUCAGACCCACCAGAUGGCCGUGGAAUCCACCUCACUCAACUCAACCAACACAACUUAAUACACCAGGUUUAACUCACGAAAGAAACAGACCUCCAUGGAGACCUUACCUAACCCAGCGACCUAAAAAUGAUCUUCGGUUUGGGCAUCAACCAACUAGACAGCCAUGGAGACCACCUCGUGCUACCCAGCCGCCUCAGAAAAACUAUCCUCCUACUCUAGUGCUACAGACAAGGAAACCAUGGAGACCUCCUCUAGUCAGUCAUCCACAGCUUCCAAAUCACGGGCCUAAUCAACACACCAGAAACUCCUACCAAUAUCCAGGAAGGUUCAACAGGUACACCACCCCAUCAUGGAGACCAAUCACUGGUCGUCCCAGGUCAAGGAGAAACAACAAGGGCGUCUCAAGCUCUUCAGCAUCUUACACCCUUCUGUUAUGCUGUUCGAUACUUUUGUUCAGUCACAGACGCCAUAUUUACUUAGGAUGAAAAGAGUAGCUCAGGAUAUUAAGCUGUGAUACAUCAAAUGCUAUCUAGUGCUAACAAGAUGCAUGGUAUUUUGUAAAAAUUCAAUAUUUCUUGCUGACUGAACCCUUGAAAAACUACGAGAAGGAUGACUGUACA